UGAUGACCCCAACCCCUUCAAUUUGCGGCCCACUCCUCGCACAUGUCCACGUCUUUAGCCUAAUACUUUUUGUAGCACCUCCACCUGAUCUACUGAUGACGGACUAUCAUUAUUAGAAGCAUCAGUGGAUGUUUGUAACUCAAAAUCAGCCUCCAGUUUUCAAAAAAUGUUAGACACUAACAUUAAAUAUAACUCUAUUAAUAUUAAAAAAUAUAAUUCAAACUUGCAUAAUCUUGGCGAGCAUCAUCGUUCACGAAAUCAUUUGUUACUUUCUUCCAAUGAUAAUCCUUCCAUGACUCAAUGAGGUUCGGGUUCGUUUAAAAAAUAUAACCCAAAUGUUAGAGAACAUAUAAUUUAAAAGAACAUAAUUUUGAUAAUUAUUUAUCUUUUACUUACUUUUUCAAAACGGACGGCUGCCAGCGAAUUUGUACCCUGCGUUGUAGAAUACUUUUGUUUCUUUCGAUUUUCCUUAUUCUUUAUGGAACGCGAAAUAAAUUGUGGAUUUGUAAAUAACUGACAGAUCUGCUUCCACUCCUCCUUGUUAACAUCAUUGGUUGGGUUGUUUAGAACCUUAUCCCAAUCCUCCGGUCCAUUGUAGUGUUUCUCAAAGUGUUCGUGUCUUAGUGUUUUCCUAUUACGGUAUCGGUCUUUCCUCUCUCGAUCGAUACCAUCUAAAUACUUUAAGAAAUCCUCGCGGCCCGCUAUUUGAUAAUAAUACUAAAUUGAAAAUUAAACAUAAUAAUAAUAUAUGUACUAUAUUAAAGAUAUUUUUAAAAAAUAUAUUUAAUACUAUUUUUACCUGAAUUAUGCCAAGGACUUGAUCACAUUAGUAUAUACAUAAUAAUUCAGGUAAAAAUAGUAUUAAAUAUAUUUUUUUAAAAUUCGUCUUCAAUAUAGUAUAUAUAUUAUUAAUAUGUUUAAUUUUCAAUUUAGUAUUAUUAUCAAAUAACGGGCCGCGAGGAUUUCUUAAAGUAUUUAGAUGGUAUUGAUCGAGAGAUGAAAGACCGAUACCGUAAUAGGAAAACACUAAGAUACGAACACUUUGAGAAACACUACAAUGGACCGGAGGAUUGGGAUAAGGUUCUAAAUAACUCAACUAAUGAUGUUAACAAAGAGGAGUGGAAGCAGAUCUGUCAGUUAUUUACAAGUCCACAAUUUAUUGCCCGCUCCAUAAAGAAUAAGGAAAAUCGGAAUAAACAAAAGUAUUCUACAACGCAGGGUACAAAAUCGUUGGCAGCCGUCCGUUUUGAAAAAACGAACCCGGACCUCAUUGAGUCAUGGAAGGAUUAUCAUUGGAAGAAAGCAACAAAUGAUUUCGUGAACGAUGAUGCUCGCCAAGAUUAUAAAAACUGAAGGCUGAUUUUGAGUUACAAACUCAGCAAACAUCCACUGAUGCUUCUAAUAAUGAUAGUCCGUCAUCAGUUGAUCAGGUGGAGGUGCUACAAAAAGUAUUAGGCCAAAGGCGUGGACAUGUGCGAGGAGUGGGCCGCAAAUUGAAGGGGUCGGGGUCGGGGUCAUCAUCUACCCAACACUCUCACUUCAGCGAGUCUCAAGUUCCUCCUCAUCAUUCAAGAGAAUAUAUAGAAAAAUUUGAGAAUAAUCUACAGAAAUUGACUGAUCAAGUUAAUUUCUUAACUCAAUAUUUUGUACCUUCAUUUCGUCCACCAAACGUUCAGAUGCCGCCUGUGCCUGAUAGUGACAAUAUUUCUAGGACUUCGUCUUCUCAACCUCCAGCUCCAACUCAUCCUUCUAUGUACGGGGUAGCGCCGUCUCAACACC